AUGGAAAUGUUUCAGCAGGAGGCCAAGCCAAUCCCACCAGCGAUCACCGGUCUCCAAUUGUUAAACUCGCUGAAGACAUUUGAAGCGUUUUCGACCGGCCACAGACUGAUCGACUGCCAGCUCUGGUCUCGUCCUUUGAAACGCAGUAGGACCGAUUCAUCGCCCCUCUAUCCUCCACUUACCGGUCUAUCCAGACGGCAGCUUUUGCAAAUCGAUGGCCCCCCUGGCUCCGGGAAAACUAAGCUCGUUGUCGGAUUGGCUGUCCGUGGUCGUGCCGCAAGCUUGGUCCGUCAUGGAGGUAGCGAACAGAUUGAAGUUCUAAUCAUUGACUCAGAUGGAAGUAUGCAUCCGAUAUUAAUCCAAAGAUCAGCCCACGCCCUAGUCGAAUCUUGCUACCAGGACCAAUUAGACUCGAACCUGGUUGAUCGAAUCUGCGAUGGAUGCCAUUUAGUCCGAAUUACAUCAACUGCUGAACUAGGCUUUUUCUUCAAACAUCUACCGACAUGGUUGCAAUCUCAUCCCAAGGUCAAGUUGGUCAUAUUGGAUUCGAUCACUGCCCAUACGCGUUAUGUUAGCAUGUCCAUAACCCAGCGGAAAACGAUUGCAAGAAUCGUCAAGGAAGGCCUCACAAGCGCAUCAACACAACAUGAUUGCGCAGUGGUCAUCACGAGCCAACUAGCCACUAAAUCAGUAUCCCACCAAGCCUCAUACACGAAUACAAAGAUAUUAACCCCACCGGAUUUCGGCGCGAAUUUUUGGUCACAAAAAGAUGUCGAUACAUCCAACUCUUUAUCACCAGCAUCAGCAUCAUCUAGACUCUCGAAGAUUUGUUUGAUGUUUAAUCUGGAUGGAACUCGAAGAGCUAUCGUACUCGAGAAUGAUAAGAUUAAUCAUCUCAGACUUGACGCUCUGUUCGAGAUUGAUGAAAUAGGGAUAUAUGAACCCACAUCUUCCAAAGACAAAUGA